CUUGUGUUUGUCAGCGCGUGUGAGCGUCUUCUUUCCGGGAAAGGGAAGCGAAGCUGUUAAAAUACAGAGAAGGAGAACAACAGGAGUAGAAGUGUCAGACUGAGCUCCAGCAGCUGAUCGAGUGACACAGAUGUGGUGAAAGACGAAGACAAUGAUCUGAUGACCAAACUCGUCCCAGUCAAUGUGGAAUAAUGAUCAAAGAGCUUCACAUAGGGCGCCAACCUCUGUCUGUGUGUGUCCCUGUGAACCACAAGGUGACUCUGAGUGUCCGAGCUGAGGGCUCCGGUCUCCUCAGCUACCAGUGGUUCACUGACGAUGACCAGGAGGUGCCAGGCGGGACUCAACCAGACCUGACAAUCAACGCUAUAAAAACACAGCGCUACGUGUGCAGAGCGAACGACUACUACUGUAACUGCGUGUUCAGCAAAUGGGUGAAAGUGAAGGUGUGGGACAUUGAUAAAUCAGGUUUACCAGCGCACUGGCAGGGCGAGCUGCACAUUGCGGUCAACCCAAAACCCCAGACCAUCCGACCAGAUAGAAAACUCACCCUCAGCUGCGUUGCCUUUGGCAUUCCUGCUCCGGAGUACCAGUGGUACAGAAAUGGUCUGCCCCUGCUCAAUAUGACCGGAGACACGCUGCAGAUUGACUGUGCAACCGCUGCACAUGCCGGAUCCUACCUGUGCUCGUUGUCUAACAAGCUGCAGGAGAUAUGGACGAGAGCAGUCGACGUUGAUGUUGUGUGUGCUGAACAAAACACGAUCGAGGGACUCAUUCGGGUUUCUGCUUUGCUCUUUGUUUUAGCCACAGACAAAGUUGCCCUACUUAUUGGCAACCUGAAUUACUCCAACCACCCCAGCUUGAUGGCCCCCAUCAUGGACGUGCACGAGCUGUCCAACCUCCUGCAGCAGCUCGGCUUUCGAGUGGUUUCCCUGCUCGACCUCACCAGGGAGGAGAUGCUAGCAGCCAUUGAAAAGUUCAUCCAGCUGCUUGACACAGGAGUUUAUGGCCUUUUCUACUAUGCGGGUCACGGCUAUGAGUGCUCUGGGAGGAAUUACUUGGUCCCUGUCGAUGCUCCACAGCCAUACCAACCUGAAAACUGUGUGUGUGUGCAGAGGGUCAUGUUCCAAAUGCAGCAGAAACAGACGGCACUGAGCGUGAUCCUCCUGGAUACCUGCAGAAAGUGGUACAACCAGGAUCGCAUACCUUCUGUCAUCAUGCCACAGAAACCCGUUGGGAAUACAGUGUAUGGUUACGGCACAUGUGAAGAUGCUGAGGCUUUUGAGGUGCAGGAAGGAGUGAAAAGCACUGGAAUCUUCACUAAGUACUUGAACAAGCACAUCCUGCAGUCCGACAAGGUCACACACGUCUUAGAGAAGGUGUCUGAGGAUCUGGGCAGGGACCCUUUAGUUACAGGUAAGCAGGCGGUGGAGAUCAAGCACACCCUGAAGGAACCCCUAUCCCUCGCAGAUCCAGUUUGCAGCGCUGGCCACACAAAGGAACUCCACCUGCGAGAUGUCUGCUGGAGACAAGCCAAUGAGCUACCACGGAAGAAGCGGCUGAGGUUUCUCUGCGGAGUGGAAGUGGAAGUUGGCUUCUCAGCUUUGUUCUCUAACGUCUUGGUGGCGUUUGCCACAGUGAAGACUGUCGGCCCCCGAACGCACGACUGCACCGUGGCUCUGAGCAGUAUACCUCCUUUGGAAGACAUAUUUUCGGGCCCUGGCCGGUCGGAGGAGAUGGACUCUCUACUUUUUAACAACUCCAAUAAUCCGGACUGCUCUGUGAGGAUCUGCGCACUUCAGAAGCUGAAGGAGUCGCUGAUCAUCAAGGUGGAUCUACACUAUACCCACACGGUCAGUAAGCUGCGUCAGACGGAGUGCCAACACGUGGACACGGGAAGACCUCUGGUUGCGUCCUGCAAAUUAUACAGAGGGGGGAGUCACGCAGCGACGCCCAAGAAACAUGAAGGGGCCUCAGCUCAAAGUGGGGGCAGAGUGUCAGGCAGCAAGGCGACUGUGGCUGGUCCACGUCGGCCUUUCACAAGGAAGGCAGAGUGUGCCGCUAAAGUCGCAGCGACACGUAGCAACGAGCCCGAAGAGAACGAUGAGAAUGAACUUUGCGACUUCUCUCCUCCAUAACAGGCCUUCCUGUUUCUAUUACUGUAAAUACUUACUACUUUAAUGUGUUUUUUAGCUGAUGUGAUCAGGAGUUGAUGAUCAUGUGUCGUAUGAUCAUGAUGAAUGAGUGUGUGAUUGAGAUUUAUUUAGUUUGUCCUCGAUUCUUAACUCAACACUGAAGAAAAAGUAACACUUAACUUUUGCCACCCGUUGAUGUCAUCAUACAUUUCAUAAUGUGUCAAAUAUUUCAUGUACUACAGUUUUUCAUCAGUUGCAAGUUGGCUAGCCUGAUUUGUCAAAUAAAUACCAGUCCUGUCGAUCCCUUCCACGCUAUCUUGAUUGUCAAGCUGUUAUUAAAUGUCUUGGUGUCAAAUCAACUGUUAGAUUUUUGUAAUCCAAUGAGGCAUUUUUGGAUCAUAAAUCAAUAAGGAAACUGAAA